AACGUACUCUAGCAGACGACAUUAUCGACAACAAGUUCUCGCAGAGUGGGAUGCAAAUGCAAAAUACUACUUGAAUUCUGAAUUGUUCGGCUGAUACAUAGCCAGUGCUAAUGAUCGGUCAGCUGCGAAAUGAUGGCGGACGAGAAGUUAUUUUUCUCGAACGCCGUACAACAAUUGGCGAGAUGUUUAGCCGCUAUCAAACCUACACCAUGGGAAAAGGUGGCUAAAUUGUACAAGUUAUGUCCGCAAGAUUCUGCUCAGGGUGUAUACCGCUUGGAUCAGAGGGGUCAGGAUGCGACCAUAGCCUUGGGAAUUUAUUUUUUGGAAUCUGGAUUACAACACCGAGAUCGAAUAUUACCAUAUCUGCUCAGAUUAUUGCGUGGUCUUCCAAAAGCGGUGUGGCGGGAUGAGGUGAAAUGCUCACUCACUGAAAGAGUUCCAGUGGCGGAACGCUUCAGUUUCUGCCUGAACACAUUAUUGAGCGAUGUGGCGGCCAGAUGCGAACCAGUACGAGAAGAAAUUAUUUCGACGCAGGUUGAGAUCCUCGCGGUUCUGACCAAUUUGAUACGUGGAUAUAAAGAUCAAAAUAGUAAUCGGGGCUUGCAAGCAAAAAUAUCAUUAUGCAAAUGUUUGGUGCCAGUAUUGAUUGGUUUGGCACGAUCGAUGGGCCGCUUCGCGUGCGCGGAUCCGCCGUUGCUUUGCCGCAUCUUUCCGCGCCGGGAGACACCCUCGCCGGCAAGCAGCACCGAGAACCGCUUGAUGCCCGAUAAAAAACAGUACAACUUCUCAAAUUUUAGACCGAUUAUCCCGCGAUCUCUGAGCGGUAACUUUAAUACGUGUAUUGACAACAUAGCAUUACCAGGCUAUGACAGUCACGAUUAUCAAUGCGGCAAGAGACCAUCGUUACAGUCUUUCCUGUCGGUGCCGUACGACCCGACAACAUAUUUCUUCAGUCGUUAUGGAUCGAGUUUCAAUCAAUUCCCGCAGAUGCGAUGCAACGAGAGUCCUGAGAGAAGAGCCGGGAUGCAAUUCACCGUGGUUCACUUGCAGAGUGUGCUAGCUCUAGCUAAAAAAUUACUUACGAAGGAGAUUCUGACGUUUUUAGAUGAAGAAGCGCAACAAGUUUACAGUUCUGGCCAAGUACACAUUUUCCCAUACCGUACAUUCAGCGAGACGAUGAAUCUAGUGAUGGUGGCUCUGUUGCGCGAGCUCCUGCAGAAUCAGCACGAUUUACCGGCCCCGUUCACGAGGGAUGUGCAGGAAUUUGUCAAAGGUUUGUUCCUCUCGGGCCAAACGGAGCUGCAAUCGCGACAGCACGACGCGAGCGAACGCGAGGACAUUGAUACGAAUUUCCGUACCGUCAAUCGCUUUAAGGUGAAUGUGAUGGCCAACUCCGCGUGCGUGGAUCUGCUGGUCUGGGCGAUUGGCGACGAGACAGUAUCCGGCGAAUAUGAUUUGUCCGCGCUGUUCGCAGAUAUCAGUUCAAUGCUGAUCGGCAAGGGUGCGGAUAGUUUAUGCGGACGACUCGUGGAAAAGAUUAAUUCCAACCAUGGACCCAAGCUUGUGUUGGCACAUAUGCCAUUAUUGAUGGUUUGUCUCGAAGGAUUGGGAAAAUUGGCACAAAAAUUUCCUAACAUAGCCAGCACAUCGAUAUAUUAUUUACGAGACUUUCUCGUUGCGCCAUCGCCAAUUCUUUUGAAGUUAUAUCGACAACAUAGCGAAUACUCCAUGAAAGAACAUCAAUUUAAAGUGCUAGUUCAAGGGAAGGAAAUUAGCGACACAAAGCAAACGACAUCAUCGGUGCAUACUGCAUUUGAGAAACUUCGCGAUGCAGCAAUCGGCAAUCUCUGCAUCGCCUUGGAAGCUGCACACUCUGUGAAUCCGGAUUGCGUGCCAGCGCUCGUGGCCAGCGUUUCGAACAGAUUGUAUACUGCGGAUAUAAGCGACGGCGAAAAUGACGAGAAAUUGAAGAACGAAGUAGUUUCGAAGAACAUUGUGAUCAUGUUGGGCCACGUGGCUGUGGCGCUAAAGGAUACCCCGAAGACGAUGCGCACCAUUUUCCCGUUUUUCCAACAACUCUUCUGUCGCACUCCCAGUGAUCUCGAUUUUCUCAUAGUGGAUCAAUUGGGUUGCAUGAUCAUCGCCAAGUGCGAACCAAAGAUUUACGAAGGAAUAAUGCAAAUGUUCUCCAUGUCAUUGGGAUCGAGUACGGCGACAUACGCCGCGAACGAUGAUCGUAAGCAGUAUUGUCACGUUUCUAAGGCGGUUACGAAUGCGCUGGCGAACAUAGCGGCGAAUCUGCAAGGCGAGUCAGAAUUGGAUGAUUUGUUGUUGCAUCUUCUUGAGCUUUUUGUACAGCUUGGACUCGAGGGUAAACGCGCCAGCGACAAGAUGCCAAAUAGUAUCGUCGCGUCGAAAGCAGCUAGCAGUGCUGGAAAUUUAGGAGUACUCAUCCCCGUAAUCGCGAUAUUGAUGCGGCGUCUACCACCGAUCAGACAUCCACAGAAACGACUUCUGAAACUGUUCAAGGAUUUUUGGUUAUAUUGCGUUAUAAUGGGCUUUGCUGCGGAUCAUCCGUCAAGAUUGUGGCCGCACGAAUGGUAUGAAGGCGUCAAGGAGAUCGCAGUCAAGUCGCCCUAUCUUAUUUCCCAGACUAGUGCUCGUCUUGAAAUGCGAGAGUUACAGUACACAUCAGCGGUACGCAAUGAUAGUGUCUCAUUGAACGAAUUACAGGAGUUGCGGAGUCAAGUAUUAAAAAUAAGCACCCGUACAAACGAUAUAUCAGCGUAUGUGACUAAGUUGCAGUUUGCGCAAUGCACAUAUUUGUUAUCCGUUUAUUGGUCAGAGACCUUACGGGUGGCAAACAGUCCUGAACCCAGUUUACAACCGAUAAUGGAAUACCUGUGCGAUACUGAUUUGCAGAAGGAUAAGAGUGGCAUGUGGCAAUGUAUAUGUUGCGUGGCGGACUCUGUCUUUGCGAAAUUCAAAGAUGUGAUGCAGCGCAAACCGAAGGACGAACAACGCGAAAGAGAACUUGAGAAUCAUGCGCAAUUCCUGUUGGUGCGUUUCAAUCAUGUGCACAAGCAAAUCAGGAGAGUGGCGGAUAAGUAUCUCAGUGCAUUAGUGGAUGCUUUUCCGCAUUUGUUAUGGAAUUGCAAAGUCCUCUGGAGUAUGUUGGAUACAUUACAGAUUUUAUCAUAUUCAUUACAACUUGAUCCAAAUGAAGAAACUCCCAGUUUGAGAAUACCCAGCACACCAUAUAGUAUUGAGCUUAUGAAUACUCUCGAAGCAAGAGAGAUUAUUGUGAAGGAUUUUACUGCGAGAUGUAAAGGCAUAGUGCAGGAGGCUAUGAAAUGGGCACCACAAGCUACUAGAUCACAUCUACAAGAAUAUAUUAAUCAAAUACCGUCUUCCGGCAUGCGACAUCAUUCUGGUUUGUCGUUGGCUAUUGAUUCUGUCCUCGAAUUCGUGGACACCGCAAUUCCCACAGUAGUUCCGUCAAAUACGAAUUCGUUGGAUAAGAGGCCACGCGGUCCGAAGGGCACAAGUUCAUGGUUGCUAUCGAUGAUGUCUACGAGAUCUUGGCAUGCCGGAGAGGUAGCGGGUAUGCUUGCUCUCGCACGCACCGAGUCGCCAACCACAGAGAUGACUCUAGAAAAAAGCAGAGAUAAAGUCAUCGAUAGGUUGAUCGAGGCCGUUCGUCGCGCUUGUCAGGAUCGUGAUGAUACCGCUCAUCGCGGGGCUCUCUGGCGUGCCACUGCUCUCUUAAUAUCCAUGCCCGGAAUACAUAGACGAUUGCUACACACAGUCGCAUGCUCGCAGAUAGAACUGUUUACGACCGCGGCUAUGACGACAGCGGUCGAGUGCUGGCAAUGGAUCUUGACUGUACGACCCGAUCUGAAAUUGCGUUUCUUGCAAGAGAUGUUGCUCGCAUGGCAGUACACUGUUGACAAGAGGAUGGGUCUGUUCGCACCAAACGAGGAAGAGGUCAGUCCGCUCGCAGUCUAUGAAGGUUGCAAGCUCGGGCCCAAUCCGCCGCAUGUGAAACCACAUGAUAUCUGGGUGACCUUUAUCGUCGAGCUUGUCGAGACAGCCAAGUACUGUUGCCAGGAAACAGUCGAUAUGAUUGCCGUACUGUUACAUCGCUCGUUACCCAUGACUGUCGGUGCGUCCGGUGAGGAACCUGGUAUUAAUCGGCACGUUGCCGCGGUUGGUGUUCGUUUCAAGCUACUUUCGUGCGGUUUGGUGCUGUUACAAGGUGACGUUUUACCGAGGACUUUGAGCAAAAACGUUUUGCGUGAACGCAUUUAUUCCAAUUGCCUGGAUUAUUUCUGUCGCGAACGCCAAUUACCGACCCAAGAGAUUGAUCAACUUAGCGAGGACAUAGUUACAUUAAUACGCUUUUGGCAGGUAAUGCAUAGCGACAAAAAGUACUUAAUGAUGACAGGAGUCGAUAACGAAUUUGAAAUAGUUACUUCUCAAACCUGUACAACCGCGGUAAUUGUUCCGAGCGAGACAAUCGGUUCAUUAGCCGCCACGCUUGCUCCCACACCGAACGACUUUUCAAAGUCGUCCAGCAAUGUGUGGAUGAAUACCAUGCCAAUGUCUACCAGUAGCAAUACAUUAGGCAAGCGUAGCAAUCGCAGCAAACGAAUUGUAAAUGCCAAUGUUCUCGUAAAGGAUUAUAUCAAGAAAAGAAAUUUGAUUCUCGAGCUGUUAGCAGUUGAAAUCGAGAUGUUACUGGUCUGGCGUAAUCCUAGCGGAAGACCGGAACUCGCACUGCAAGGAGAAGGAAGUAUUGCGGACUGGCGCGCCAAAGGAAUGAACGAUCGUUGGCGCGAGUAUACGCGACUCGCGUGGGAGAUCAGUCCCGUCCUGGCAAUAUUCCUACCAGUGCGAUUGAAGAAUCACGAAGUCAUUAUCAAGGAGAUCUGCGGUUUGGUGCGUCUUAAACCUAUACCAGUCAUGCAUGUGUCGGAAGCAUUGCAAUAUCUUGUCACGACGGACACGCUGCUCAACGAUGUACCUGAAUUAGUUUAUAUGUUAACAUGGGCAAGAGUGUCUCCGAUUCAAGCACUGGCAUAUUUCUCGCGACAAUUUCCGCAUCACCCUAUUUCGGCGCAGUACGCAGUGCAAGUAUUAGAUAGUUAUCCCGCCGACGCUGUGCUUUUCUAUAUACCUCAGCUAGUACAAGCCGUCCGUCACGAUGCAAUGGGCUAUGUAAUCGAAUUUAUCAAGAAAAUCGCUAAACGAUCGCAGGUAGUAGCGCAUCAACUGAUAUGGAAUAUGCACACUAAUAUGUAUGUGGACGAGGAUAAGCAGGUGAAGGAUUCCGUGCUAUAUGACAUAUUAGAUUCGUUGACGAAAAAUAUCCUAAAUUCACUGUCUGGCCCAGCAAAACAAUUUUACGAGAGGGAGUUCGACUUUUUCGAAAAGAUUACCAAUAUUUCGGGUGAAAUCCGACCAUAUCCCAAGGGGCCAGAACGCAAAGCCGCAUGUCUAGAAGCCUUAGCGAGAGUGAAAGUACAACCCGGUUGCUAUCUACCAUCGAAUCCUGAAGCGAUGGUUAUCGAUAUAGAUUAUCAAAGUGGUACUCCUAUGCAGAGCGCUGCUAAGGCACCGUUCUUAGCACGUUUCAAAGUACAGAGAUACGGUAUCAAUGAACUCGAGAAUAUCGCGCUAGCGGUCUCGACUAACGGGAAGUUCGAGACCAAAAAAGAACUGGAAGAACAGACAUGGCAAGCCGCUAUUUUCAAGGUUGGCGAUGAUGUCAGGCAAGACAUGCUGGCUCUGCAAGUGAUUAGCAUUUUUAAGAAUAUAUUCCAAAAGGUUGGGCUGAACUUGUUCUUAUUUCCCUAUAGAGUGGUGGCCACAGCUCCUGGGUGCGGCGUGAUAGAAUGCGUGCCGCACGCAACAUCGAGGGACCAGCUCGGACGUACAACAGACAGUGAUAUGUAUCAAUACUUCAUCACGCAACACGGGGACGAAACAACCAAAGAAUUUCAAAACGUUCGUCGUAACUUUGUCAAAUCGAUGGCAGCGUACAGUGUGAUAACCUAUCUUCUGCAAAUAAAAGACCGACACAAUGGCAAUAUUAUGAUAGAUACUCAAGGCCAUAUCAUACACAUCGACUUCGGUUUCAUGUUCGAGAGCUCGCCCGGCGGUAACCUGGGCUUCGAGCCUGAUAUCAAGCUCACCGAUGAGAUGGUACUCGUCAUGGGUGGCAAAAUGGAGGCUGCGCCGUUCCGUUGGUUCAUGGAAUUGUGCGUGCAAGCUUUUCUCGCUGUCAGGCCUUACCAGGAAGCCAUCAUCUCUCUCGUCUCUCUUAUGCUUGACACAGGAUUACCCUGCUUCCGUGGACAAACAAUCAAGCUCCUACGUAGCCGAUUCGUGCCCACUGCUACCGAUCGAGAUGCGGCAAUCUUCAUGAUUAAUGUAAUACGUAACAGCUACCUCAAUUUCCGUACUAAAACUUAUGAUAUGAUACAAUAUUAUCAGAAUCAAAUCCCCUAUUAAACUGUUGUUGGAGAAGAGAAGUUAUUUCACUUCUUUCUCCUCCUGUUUCUCCUUGUAAUUUCUGUAAUUGUUAGUUGGCGAACGCUUUGCGCUCGCUAUAUAACUGUUGUUAUCUAAUUAGAAUCCAAGAAUUUAACAUACCAUGUUAGAUAUUAUUAGAUAUUACAGUGUGAUAGCUAAUUAAGCGAGGCUGUACAAAUUUAUAUCGAUGUCAAUAUUAUUUUUAGUCCCGCAUGUAUUUUGUGAAAACGCAUAUUUUACUCUGUAUAUGUAUGUAAUAAUGUAUUAUAUUUAUCUAUGAGAUAUUGUGCCGAUACAUAUAUAUAUAUAUAUAUAUAUAUAUAUAUAUAUAUAUAUAUAUAUAUGUAUACAUGUCUGUUUUUCGCAGCAUAUCUAUGUAUACGAGACA